AUGCCCGACUUGCCUCUGCCACCCCCUCAACCACUGUCCCCCCUACUUUGGAAGCUACGGAAGGAGGCGGGGCGGCGUACGGUGCUGCUGGCGGGGUCUCUACUGGCGGGGUCUUUGCUGGCGGUGUAUCUGCUGGCGGGGACUCUGCUGGCGCUAACGCUGCUGGCGGGGUCUGGUGCUGGCGGCUGGCGCUGGGGUCUCUGCCGGCGGGAUCUCUGUUGGCGGGGGUCUCUGCUGGCGGGAUCUCUGCUGGUGGGGGUCUCUGCUGGCGGGGAUCUCUGCUGGCGGGGGUCUCUGCUGGCGCGGGUCUCUGUCGGCAGGGUUCUCUGCUGGCACGGUCUCUGCCGGCGGUGUAGCUGCAGGCGGGGUCUGGUGCUGGGGCUGGUGCUGGUGCCUGGUGCUGGGGCUGGCGUUGGUGUUGGUGCUGGUGCUGCUGCUUGGUGCCUGGUGCCUAGUGCUGGGGCUGGCGCUGGUGCUUGGUGCCUGAUGCUGGGGCUGGCGCUGGUGCCUAGUGCUGGGGCUGGCGCUGGUGCUGGUGCCUGGUGCUGGCGUGACGGGGCUGGUGCGGGUGUUGGCGCUAUUGCUGGUGCUGGUGCCUGGUGCAGGCGGCUGGCGCUGGUGCUGGUGUUCCGCCGCCACUCCCUUCCCCCUUUCCCACUCUCCCCCACAGCAUUCCGCCGCCACUCCCUUCCCCUCCUCCCUCUCCCACCCACAGCGACCGCCUCUGCACACGCGAACAGUCGCGACGGGGGGGGGGGGGGGGUAAACGGGCAAGGGGCCGGGGAAAUGCGACGGGCGGCGCGAGGCGACGGGAGGGAAGAAAACGGGACAGGGGGGGAAGGGCCGCGACGACCGCCAUGGACGCCGUCCCCUUCAUUCCUGAUGCUGCGUCCCCCCCCCCCCCCCCCCCCCCCUUGCGCAAACUCGGCAGCAGGCGUAGGCGCGGGCAGAGGUGGUGAUGGGGGGGAAACGCGACAGGCUGGCGACCGGGAUGAAACGUUGACAGCGCGCGUAGGUGCUGGCGCGUUGGCGGGCUGGUGA